AGUAAAAAGAGCACAGAAAAAAUCCACCAUUUUUUCCAACAACAUCGGCGUCUAAAAAAAUUUCUAAUUUCUGUGAAAAUAUAUUGUAGAAAAACAGUAAAAAUAUAGAAAAACAAAUUGAAAUAAUAAAAAUAAAAGUGUAUUUUUCAAAUUUGAAAAAGAAUUACACAAAAAUUUAUAAAAACUUCGCAAAAUAAUAAAAAAAGAAAAUCCCUCGCAAAUAGAAUCCAGUAAUUGUGUAUUUUUUUUUUCAUUCGGUGUUUUUUCUCUCGCUUAGUGGUGUCAAAUAAGCAAAAUGGUGGGUAAAAUACAUAAAAAGAAAAUUUCCGAAUAUACGGAAGCUGCUGAAAAUGAAGAUAAACAAAGUGAACGAGGUGACGACGUUGAGGAUGAAAUGAUACUGGAUCAUGUUGAUCCAGCACCCAGCGGCAGUGAAUCGGAAAAUGGUGACAUGGCCACUCAUGAUAACAACAAAAGCCUAGAUUCCAUCAAGUCAAAUGAUGACGAUGCCGGCGUUGGUGACGUAGUAGGUACUGGUGGCUUAAACGAUGAUGAUACCGACUUUCAGCUUUCCGAUGCGGACGACAAUGAUGACCUCGAUGAUGAAAAAAAUAAAAAGGCUAAAAAACGUAAGGCAAGUGGUUCUAAGAAGUCGGGUGAUUAUGAAAGUGAUGAUGAGCCUUUGAAUGGCGGCACUCCAAAGAAGAAGAAUCGUAAGGUAGCCGGCAAAGGUAAAGGCGGUAAGGGAAAAGCUAAAGCCAAGAAACCAGUCCAUGAUGACGAGGACGAUGAAGACGGCGAAGAGGAGUAUGAGGUUAAGGAUAUUAUGGAUCACAAAACCGAACGUGGUGUUUCCUAUUUCCUAAUAAGAUGGAAGGGCUAUACAAAAGAUGAUGAUACUUGGGAACCGGAGGAUACACUAAAUUGUCCCGAUAUCAUUGAAAGGUACAAGAAAAAGCAAAAAUCAUCACCGAAAAAAGGUUCACCAGCCAAAAAGAAAGGUGGCAAAGCAGCCGGUAAGAAUAAGAAAGCUAAGGAUGAAGACGAAGAACAAGAAUGGGAAGUAGAAAAAAUCAUCGAUUAUGCCGAAGAAAAGAAGGGACGCGUUUUUCGCAUACGCUGGAAGGGUUUCGGACCCAAAAAUGACACCUGGGAACCUGAAGAGAAUUUAAAUUGUAGCGAUAUAAUCCAAAAGUUCUUAGCAAAAAUGAAACUCCAGGAGAAUGUUUCAUUCAAAGAACUGCGCGAAGAGCCAAAGAAAACCAAACGUUUGGUUAAUGAAACGGCACCGCGCACCAACAUCAAUAAUCCGAUUGGUCGCAAGUCGAAGAGAUCGGUUACAAAGAAAAGUGAUGAUGAUUAUGAUUCGAUACUUCCCGAAGAUUCCGGUUUCGAUACACAAGAUGAUUCUCUAUCAUCCCGGGGACGUAAUACAACAGCAGUAGAUGAGUCAUUUUUGCGAAUGAUGUUAAGUCUCAUGAAGGAUGUGCCGUUGAGUGUCAAGAAUAAGUUUCAAGCCGAUAUGUUUGCCGCCAUUUAUAGGAUUCGUGGGCAAUAUUUACUGGAAUAAAUAACGCUCGCCACUUUGAAAAGGAAUCAUUUUUAUUUCUUGUUUUAAUUUUUAACUAUAUUUUACACAUAUAUUUUUUUGUUUGUUUUAAAUCCAUCAUCACAGUUUGCUAACCCUUCAAUUCAUUUAUUAAGGCUAUAAUUAUUAGAUUUGCCAUUAUUUUAAGUUCAAAUUGUUUAAUAUUUUUUAAAUUAAUUUUCACAAAUAUACAUAAAAGACAUUAA